AUGUUAAAGGCUGCCUUUGUUGGUGGUAAAGAUAUUCUACAAUGGUAUAAAUCAAAAGACAAUCUUCAUUAUCUACGUGAACAUACUCGUUUAGUAGAUAGAGUACAUUAUCUGAAAUUAGAAGAAGAUCUUUGGAAAAAUUAUACAAUUUAUGAAGAAAUAUAUCACUGUUGGACAUCACCAUUAUCAAAAACAAUCAUUAAAGAUAAUAAAUUAGAAGAAGAUUAUAAAAUAUCGAACAAGUCUAUGAUAAAAUAUCGAGAAAGAAUCAAACAUCAACAACAAGAAGCUGAAGGACAAGUUGAAAAACAUGCCUUAUUAUUGAAAGAUUAUCAACAUCAAGAUUCAAGCGUCGAUGAACAACAUUCAUGGGCAGCUAUCUUAGCAUUAGUACGUAACGGUCUACAUAAAUUAUCUCAAAAUCAUGAACAUCGAAAAAAAUAUUUCAAAAAUAGUGCCAAAGAUUAUUCUUUUGUUAAAGCAUGUUAUGAUUGUCAACCAACACAAGAUGAAGUUAUGUCAAUGCAAGUUAUUUGA